AUGGCUACGUCGUCCCUAUAUAUUGUCACUGCUGUACAACUGUGGCUAGUCGCGUGCCAAAUUCUUGGCCGGACGAAUGCGUCCUGCACAUUCAACCGGGGCGAGAGUAUUCCGGUGAAUUUCGAAUGUCGGGUACAGUAUGGUUCGGCAUACGGGCGCUUGACCUUUCAGCCUGACGGCAAUCUGGUGAUUUACGACGGCAGUGGCCUUGCCAAAUGGAGUACCGGUACAGCGGGCCGUGCUGAACGUGCCGUGUUCCAGUCGGAUGGGAAUUUUGUCAUUUACGAUAUUGCUGAGAAAGCCGUGUGGAAUAGUCAUACAGCAGGGAAGGGCCGCAUCCUGGUCUUCCAGAAUGACCGCAACCUCGUUAUCUACGACAACGCUAGCAAAUCCGUUUGGAAUUCUAAAACUUACGUCACCUGUAAAUAA